GCCCCCGGCGGGCGGGGGGGGGCGGGGCGGGGCGCCGGCAGGUUUCUCGGCGUUCCGCGGCGGCGGCGGCAGCGGCGACGGCGACAUGGAGAGCGGGGCCUACGGCGCGGCCAAGGCGGGCGGCUCCUUCGACCUGCGGCGCUUCCUGACGCAGCCGCAGGUGGUGACGCGCGCCGUGUGCCUGGUCUUCGCCUUGAUCGUGUUCUCCUGCAUCUAUGGCGAGGGCUACAGCAACACCCACCAGUCUAAGCAGAUGUACUGCGUGUUUAACCACAAUGAGGACGCCUGCCGCUACGGCAGUGCCAUCGGGGUGCUGGCCUUCCUGGCCUCAGCCUUCUUCUUGGUGGUCGAUGCGUAUUUCCCCCAGAUCAGCAGCGCCACUGACCGCAAGUACCUGGUCAUUGGUGACCUGCUCUUCUCAGCUCUCUGGACCUUCCUGUGGUUUGUUGGCUUCUGCUUCCUCACCAACCAGUGGGCGGUCACCAACCCGGCGGACGUGCUGGUGGGGGCCAGCUCCGCGAGGGCGGCCAUCACCUUCAGCUUCUUUUCCAUCUUCUCCUGGGGUGCACUGGCCUUCCUGGCCUACCAGCGCUACAAGGCUGGCGUAGAUGACUUCAUCCAGAACUACGUUGACCCCACCCCAGACCCCAGCACUGCCUAUGCCUCCUACCCAAGUGCAUCUGUGGACAACUACCAACAGCCACCCUUCACCCAGAAUGUGGAGAGCACCGAGGGCUACCAGCCGCCCCCUGUGUACUGAGGUGGCCUGGGUGGGCGGUGGGGUAGAGAGGGCCCUUCCAUCUGCCCUGAACGUUCCCAAGAGCCUCCUGGACCUGCCAGCCCCUCUCCUUGGCGUGUCACGUCCUGUGCCCUCCCUGCCUGGGGGGCUGGCAGAGCCACACCCCAAGUGCCUGCGCCCAGGGCUUCAGUCAGUCACUCAUUCCUCCAGGGCACUUUUAGGAAAGAGUUUUUAGCUAGUGUUUCUCCUUGCUUUUAAUGACCCCAGUCCCGCCUGGAGUGGCUAGAAGCCAGCAGGCACCCACAUGCUACUGACCAGUGCCUUAGCUUUCCCCCAGCCCAGGUCAGGCUGUGGGAGCCACUGUUAUCUGUGUUCUCUGCCAAAGACUCUUGGGGGGCCUUACACCUGCCCUGUGCAUCGGGGCUGGGCCAGGCUCCUGCGUCCUCACUCAGGUUUGCUCCCACUAUGCCCACUGCUGUAUGAUCUGGGGGCCAGCGGCCACUGGGCUGCCCCCCACAGUGUGGGGCAGGGCUAGUGCACACAGCACUUCCUCCUUGCUCCCACCCCUGGCAGCAGGGAAGGGCUUUGCCUGACAACACCCAGCUUUAUGUAAAUAUUCUGCAGUUGUUACUUAGGAAGCAUGGGAAGGGCAGAGGUGUCCCAUGCCCCAUGGCUCCCACUCUGUGCCGAAUGUAUUAUAAAGCCUUGGGGGCGACGCCCGGCCCUGGGAUGCUGUUUGGAGAAGGAAUAAAUGUUUUCUCAUUCAG